AUGGACACUUUGCAAUCUCAUAUUUUAGAGACUCAAAAUGUGCAUUCUGUGCCAGAGAUCAUAAAACUAGUGAGCAUAAAUGUGAAACAUGCUCAAAAAGAGGUGAAAUUUGUCAACAUACUCUGCUUAAGUGCUCUAAUUGCAAAGAAAAACAUGCAUCUAGCUCAAAAGAAUAACUGGAGAAAAGAUGAAGCUCAAAGUCAAUCUAGAACUGAAGAGAAGAGUCAAGCCAGUAAACUCACAACUGCAAGCUCAAAAAGAAGAAACUCUCAAUUAUCUAAGUCUUCAAACUUCAAUUCUCCAGUGAAAUGUAAACAGAAUUUGAAUCCUCAAACUCCUGUUAAGAUUAGAGAAUUGAGAAAUGACUCUGGUGAUAAACUAGAUAUAAUGCAAGCAGUUGAGAUUCCUACUUUUCAGAACAGUUAUAAUCUACUAUCUGAUGAUAGUGAUUAG